AGUGUACGAGACGAAAAAUCGUUAAAAGAAAAGUUUUGUGGUGCAAUUUGUGAAAAAUGUUAAUUAUCUGUUGUUUUUGAGGGAAAUUCACGCACGUUUUUGUGUGCAUUGUUCUGGAAUAGGGCUGAGACUUGCAUCGUCAGUGGUCUCAGUGGAAGUGGAGAGAUUAGACGUGAAACGACGAGAGACCUGAGAGAACGAGGGCAUUGUGAUUGCAACACAGGAACAUGCCAUCGCUACGGCAGCGUGUUACAACAUACUUUAGGCAAUUGAGUUUCAUUGCGGAGCCACGGGAUGGAUCACGUCUUGGAAGUCCUCGACAAGGUGGUGAUGGAUCUUUCAUAACAAAGUACCUCGAGGGUCGUCUCGAUGCAGCAAAUGCCCCUCCAGAAAUAUUCAGCGGGAAAGAGCCAUCGAAUUUACCAGACUUUAGUCUGGGUGUGUACGAAACGGGCCCACAGGCCAUAACAGCUGCAUGCACUGGCCCAGAUAGUGGGUUAACAUGCGUGAAGAGGUCACGACUUCACUUGAGUGCUGGGCCCGAUAUUGAUUUUAUCGAUACAAAUCAAGAUCAGGAUUUUGAUGUGCGCAAAAGUCCAUCUCUGGCCACGCUCAAGAGCAAACACAGUGCAAAAUUGAGCUUACAGCAACAGCGUGGUGGUGAUCAGAAUGCCAAUAAAUCCACUGCGGGCAGUGGUGAUAAGAAGAAACCAAAUUCACGGAAGAAUUCAACGAAUCAAUUACCCGAUGUGCCCGUGGAACGCAAAGGGGAGAAGACAACAAUAAAUUUAGUUGUUAGCCUGGUGAGUCGUUCGCCGGCAAAGGAGCCACAACAGCAGAAGGCUGAACUUGAGCAUUCGGAUAGUGUUAAUCAGAAUACAACACCGCCGCAUAAGGUGGAAUGUGAUACAAAGCAACAACAAGGUGAAUCUCAUGAUGCUACCGCUGCCACUGAGGGCAUUGAGUGCAAGCAGAGUGUUGGGAAUGAACCAAUUGCGGGUGUUUGCAAUUGGAAUGCGGAAAAUGAGCAUGCUUUUGGGCUUUCGGUGUCACUGUACGAGGAAAAUCCAAUUACAACAGAACAGUCUGGUAGCCCCAUUGCUGAUUGCUUUGGGCUUGUUGCAAGGGGAUCCAGCGCUGCCUUGGCUCUCGCCGAUGGCGUCAAUUGGGGUGAAGGUGCGCGUUUAGCAGCAAGAUCAGCAGUUCUGGGCUGCCUUGAAUAUCUCGACACAGCCGUUUUUGGGCUACACGGAACAGCAACAGCAACACGGGAUGUUCUUGUGAGCUUACUAAGGAGCUUCUGGGAGGCACAUGAUUGUAUCCUUGAGGUUGGUGGUGCUCUGAGUACACUAACAGUGGCUCUAGUACUCCCACUGAGUGAAGAAUAUUCCGGUAAAUACGUUGUAUGUGCCUGCAAUGUGGGUGACUCUCUUGGCUAUGUCUACUCCAAGACAUUUGGCGUCAGGGAAAUUACACAAGGAUCUCACGACAUCACAUCAAUGAGGGAUAUGAGAGAUGCUCUUGGUGCAUUGGGACCUGUUGAUGGGAAUAAGCCAGAAUUGGGAAAUCUCACGCUGUCGGUAACAAUCGUUGAGGCGGGAGAUAUUGUUUUUCUCACAUCAGACGGGAUUAGUGAUAAUUUUGAUCCUGUUGUGGGGAAAUUUGCCGAAGCACUAACACAUGAAACUGCCAUUGAACCACGUUUGGCAUCAAAGAGACAAAAUAAGAGUACUUCAGCCAUUCCUGCUACACGCUACGAGCGUCCAUCGGGGCAACAACAGAGCAAGGAUACCAAUUCAAUUUCAUCUUCAAUGAAGAAUAGUCGCUCGAAGGUGGGAAAUCCCCAGACAGCUGCAUCAAGUUCAGCUACAACAAAUCCCCAAGGACUCCCUAUACGUCCUCCGCGCACGAAAAAGACUGUUGCAGGAUUGAGUGCAGCUCCAGUGCCAUCCAAUGCUGAAAAUAUCGUUCCCAGUCGCCCGAAGUAUAUGCGCUCGCACACUGUUAUUGAGCCACGGAAGAGUACGCGAAUCCUAUCACCGGAACCUCUGCUAAAGUUCCCGAGAUCUUCAACGGGUCUGCCACUCGUGACUGGAGCACAGCGACACAAACUCACGCUCCUUCGUUUGGAGGAUCUUCUCAAUUACGGUAUCAAUGGAACCCUAAAACCGUGUACGUCUGCCAAGAAGCUGUGCACACUCCUCGUGGAUUUUGCCAAGAUGAUUACAUCGGCAAAGAGGAAGGUGCUGGAGCAGCGUGAAAGCUACAUAAAACUCGUGCCCGAUGAGCACGGAAUACGGCGUGAGGUGGAGAUGAAUCGAUUGCAGCAGAGAGCUGCAAGACGACGAAUCGUCGAGGGGAGUACCUUCCAAUCGCUGCCUGGGAAAUUGGAUCAUGCCACAGUGGUGGCUUUUGAGAUCCUUGCACCCGCACAGAAUGAAUCUCAUGUUGGGAAUUUAGUUUAAAAAAAAAAAGAAAUUGCGUGUGCUUCAAAUGAGAAAGAAUUUGAAACUAUUUUCUGGAUAAAAUUUCCUUCUAAACGUGGUCAGAGAUAAUUGUGCAUUUAUAUAUAACAUUUUAUCAAUCAAUUUAUAUUAGUGCAUUUAUUUUUUUCUAAAAUUCUCUGGUAUUUUUUCCGGACCAAAUUCUUAAAUUUUUGAAAAGAUUUUGUAAAGAAUUUUGAAGAAAACAAAAAUCUCAAACAGUUAAAAUCCUCUCUCUCACGUCUCACAAACAUUCAACCAAAUCACAUGUCCUCGAAUAUUUAUAAAUCUCUUAUCAAUGUUACAAUGAAAAGGAAGUUUUUUGUGGAUUUUUCUCAAUGUGUAUGGAGAAUAUUGCAAUAUUUUUUCGUGCCGAAAUUUGUCUUUUAUUAAUGUUUUUCAAUAUUUUUUGGAUUGUAUUUCUUUUGAAAUUUCCUAUUUUCUCCGAUUAAUGUAAUGGCUUUUUCUUUCAAUGUUGUGAUACAUGUAAUGCUUAUAAUAAAUUUACAAUAAAGACAUACAUUAUAUUUGCAGAAAUAAA